AAAAACCCAAAAAUAUACACAAAUUUACCCCCCCCGAAAGUAAAAUGAGCCGGACCCGAGAUUGGUCACGGGCCAGGCCUUACAUACCCAAGGAUAACCUAACGACCGAGGCGGUAAUAAGGGCUACCAAAUUUCCAGCAAAAAUUGACCCAGAGUGUGGCCCCAUCUCGAUGUCGAUGAUCAUUGGCUGGGAGUAUGCUAGGAUUUGGCUGCGUGAACGCGAUGCCAAUGUAGCGCAUCACUUACAGGCGGCCAAACCCAAGACUGUUAAUAAUGAUUUCGAGUGGUGGCUGAAGCUUCGCAAGACCAACAAGCGGUUCUGCAAAAUUAAAUAAAGAUUGUAUUUGAUGAAUUUCCGAACAAGUUCUAAGCAAUUCUAGACUCUGAAAUUAUAACUUCAAAAAUAGUAAACAGCAAGAAAUCAACCAUAAACUGCAGAAAUAUUUAAGCGAUUCUGGUUAUAUUAUCCCUUUCAAAUGUUUAACAAAAUUGUAACUGCCGUUUUCAAUACCAUGAUCUAAAAUAAAGCUGCUUAGCGGAUACUCAACCCACA